GUCGGUGGAAGAGAGCAAUCUCGGGUUACCGAGGCAGGGAUGGCGGUGGAAGGGGCGGUGCUGCACCGUCCCCGGGGAGAGAGGCUGCGGGCGAGCGCGCAUGCGCGGCGUGGGUAAUGGCGGGGCGACCCAGCCUGGCGGAAGCUAGCGUUCCAACAUGGCGGGCGAGGUGGACGGACCGUUCAAACGGGUGCUGGUGCCGGCUCUUUUACCUGAGAAAUGCUAUGAUCAACUUUUCGUCCAAUGGGACUUGCUUCAUGUUCCCUGUCUCAAGAUUCUCCUCAGCAAAGGCCUUGGGCUGGGCAUCGUGGCUGGGUCACUCCUGGUAAAGCUGCCCCAGAUCUUUAAAAUCUUGGGAGCCAAGAGUGCCGAAGGACUGAGUCUCCAGUCAGUGAUGCUGGAGCUCACGGCGUUGACUGGAACUGUGGUCUACAGCAUCACCAACAACUUCCCCUUCAGCUCUUGGGGUGAAGCACUGUUCCUGACACUCCAGACAAUUGCCAUCUGCUUCCUGGUCAUGCACUACAGAGGAGAGACCGUCAAAGGCGUUGCUUUCCUUGCCUGUUAUGCGAUGCUCCUGCUGGCGCUGCUCUCCCCACUCACGCCUUUGACUGUAGUGACCCUGCUCCAGGCCUCCAAUGUGCCUGCUGUGGUAGUGGGGAAGUUGCUCCAGGCAGCCACCAACUACCAUAAUGGGCACACGGGCCAGCUUUCUGCUAUCACAGUGUUUAUGCUGUUUGGGGGCUCUUUGGCCCGAAUCUUCACUUCUGUUCAGGAAACUGGAGACCCCCUCAUGGCUGGAGUCUUUGUGGUCUCUUCCCUCUGCAACGGCCUCAUUGCUGCCCAGGUCCUCUUCUACUGGAAUGCAAAGCCUCCCCACAAACAGAAAAAGGAGCAGUAGUGCUGGGGCAGCUUCUAGAACCAUUCCAUUCGGCCACUACCUUCAGGUCCCUCCACAUGACCUGGUCUGCUGGUACAACUUAAUCAUCCUCCAUUCCACUGUAACUGCAGCCUCCUGAGCCAGGGUUCGCGUAAACAGCACGUACUCGUUUCAGCAGGAGCUGAGGCUGCCUUUCUAAGCAGCUGUCUUCUUAUUGGAGUAAUGUCGUGCCUUGUCCACUUACCUUCCUUCUGGGCAGAGGACAGAGCCUGGACAAACGUGGUUGGGAGCUUGUGGCUGCUUCCCUCUGCCACCUGGCUGGGAUAAUCUAUUGGACCCCAGUUCUGGAGGUGGGGGAGGGGAGAAUGACUCAGAGAAGGGCCUCGGGGUGGGGUGAGGAGGCUCCUGCUGUGGCAGGUCCAGACGGAAGGGAAGGGUGUGGAGAAGACAUGGGCUGCUGCUGUAAUGAGACAAUAAAGACUCAGAG